AUGGGAAACAGCGAUUCUCAUUUGGACAAGAAGGACAUCAAACAUACCAAGGUUUCGCGACAGAUCACGGCUCCCGCCAAGAGUGACAAACGUCACUCACUAUCGCCCAGCAUCCAGAUUCCGGCCAGAAGUUCGUCCUUGAAGUAAAAUAACUUUCUUGGGGUUUACAUUUAUAAAAUUUUUUCAUUUCUAUUUUACAUUUUUAGAAUUGGGAAUGGAAACGAUGAUGUUGAAUUCAUAGAGGAGCAGAAAAGGGAAGUGAGUCGACGAAUCCAACAGCGCCGCGCCAAGAGCUUCCGAAAUCCAAACGGAAGGGGAUCCGGAGGGAGCUUCAGAAUCCCAGUCUGUCCCAUAACUGGCCUCACCAGCACUCAGAAGAAGUUGGUCCAGGCCAAAUGGAUGGAGAUGGAUGGGGUGGGGAUUCUGGACAUGGGGAGAAAUGUCUUCGAGACCUUGUUCCGAAGAGAACCCGCUUGUCUCAAAGCGAUUGGCCUCGGGCAUUUGACGCAUGGGCGGAACUUGGAGUGGCGAUAUCACGUGAACUACAGGCAGCACGUUAAAGUGAGUGAAGAUUAAUUAAUCGACUUUUAAUUGUUUUAACUUCUUGGACUCAAAUCAAGGUUAAAAAUUACUUCCAGAGGUUUUGUGAGGCUUUCAAUGAAGUUAUCAGAUCAUUUGAACAUCCCCGAACAAGCAUUGAUCAACUUCAAGAACUGGGCGCUCUUCAUGCCAACACUUACCUCAAGGCCUCCGAGGAGAGAAAAGUGCCCAGUAAUUAUUGGGAUGGCCUUGUCUUCGCCAUUAAUUACGCAGCCAAAGAUCUUCAAGUAGAGUCGUCAAGUCGAGGAAGCGAAUCUCCUUCCAACGUUAUCUUCGAUCGUCGAUUUCUUCUGCCAUCAGAUGACCUCGGAAGCAGUACGCCGCCCUCCCCCACCCAGUUCUCCAGCCUGUGUGUAACUCCCCAACGUCGCUCAGGAAGUGUUUGUCCACGAGUCGCCGAAGCCUGGAAUCUGUUGGCGAUCUAUGCGGUCAGUCAGAUGAAGUUUGGGUACGAAAUGGAACGGCUACUACAGUAUGAACUCAAAAAAUUAGAAAAAGACUAUGGUCAAGUGGACAGUCUCUCAGGCUCAAUUAAUCGUAGAAGUACGGGCUCUGAAGACGGAACUUAUUCAUCCUCAGACUCACCUAGGUCCUCAGAAAUAAUUCGACCUGAACCUCCGUUGAUAGGGAAUGUUGCCUUCUAA